GCGUUCCUCUGUUUCAGGUGUCGCGAACACGACAGGAGCACGGGCAAUUUUGAUUCCGCUCACUCGGGAGAUCGCAGCUAUUGGAACGCCCGCGAUGGCCGCCCGUUUAUGACGAAUCUGGCGCGGCCGAGAACCGAGCAGCGGCAGGGGCAGCGGCGGCGGCGGUAUCCGGAGGCGGACGGAGACGCGAGCGUGCCCGUGCUCGUGCCUCUCGACGGACCAGGGAAGAGGGUUGAGCCUCGAUCUUAUUUCGGCCGAGCGCUCCCAAUCUCGCAUCCAAAGUGGCUAAGAGCGUAAGUCCUCGUCGAGUGCACCAGGAGUGCCCGAGCGGAGGGGAGGUGCAGGUACAGGUGCAACAGGAGAGACGAGCACCGAGGCGCAUGCCUUACCUGGGGCCUGAUAUGACAUCCCGGCUGUCCGCCAUGUUUUACACGGUCGAAGUCGGGGACACAAGGUUCACCAUCCUCAAACGGUACCAGAACCUGAAGCCGAUCGGGUCGGGCGCGCAGGGUAUCGUUUGUGCGGCGUUCGACACGGUCACCGCUCAGAAUGUGGCGAUCAAGAAGCUCUCGAGACCCUUUCAGAACGUGACGCACGCGAAGAGGGCCUACAGGGAGUUCAAACUGAUGAAGCUGGUGAACCAUAAGAACAUCAUAGGUCUUCUGAACGCGUUCACGCCGCAACGGUCGCUGGACGAGUUUCAGGACGUCUACCUGGUGAUGGAGCUGAUGGACGCGAACCUGUGCCAGGUGAUACAGAUGGAUCUGGAUCACGAGCGCAUGUCCUACCUUCUUUACCAAAUGCUAUGCGGCAUCAAGCACUUACACUCGGCCGGUAUUAUUCACAGGGAUCUGAAGCCGAGCAAUAUCGUGGUCAAGUCCGACUGCACGCUCAAGAUUCUCGACUUCGGUUUGGCGAGGACCGCCGGGACGACGUUCAUGAUGACGCCGUACGUGGUCACGCGGUACUAUCGGGCGCCAGAGGUUAUCUUGGGCAUGGGUUACAAGGAGAACGUGGACAUCUGGUCGGUCGGGUGCAUCAUGGGCGAGAUGAUUAGGGGCGGCGUGCUGUUUCCCGGCUCGGAUCACAUCGACCAGUGGAACAAAAUAAUCGAACAACUGGGAACACCGGCGCAGGAGUUUAUGCAGCGGCUGCAAACGACCGUGAGGAAUUACGUGGAGAACAGGCCACGAUAUCCGGGAUACCCGUUCGACAGGCUAUUCCCGGACGUACUGUUCCCCUCGGACUCCUCGGAGCACAAUAGAUUAAAAGCGAGCCAAGCCAGGGAUCUAUUGUCGCGCAUGCUCGUCAUCGACCCCGAGCGACGCAUCUCCGUCGACGACGCUCUACUGCACAAUUACAUAAACGUGUGGUACGACGAGGGCGAAGUGAACGCCCCCGCGCCAGCUCCGUACGACCACAGCGUGGACGAGAGGGAGCACACGGUGGAACAGUGGAAGGAGCUGAUCUACCAGGAGGUGAUGGAAUACGAGACGAGUCACAAUCCCGCGACGGUAGCCCAGGGGCCGGAGAGCGGCGGCUCCCGGUAGACACGGACCGAUCGAGCUUUCGAGGCGUCGGCCGUCUCUCCGAAGACGCACCCGGACUGUCCGAUCUCUAUCGUAUAUAUACAUACACACACACACACACAUAUAUAUAAAUAUAUAUAUAUAUAUACCGCGGGAAUCCGAGGAAGAGUGACGACGAGUAGAAACUCUUCGCCUCAGGGGGAGAGAUGCGGUAACACGCUGUAAUCGCGUCCUCCUUCUCCGAAGCCAAGAGGGAAACGGUCCAGGCGGGAAAUUUUUGCGAGACGCGCGAGGCCGGAGUAUGAGCGCGAGGUGCGCGCGCGACCGAGGAACACCGAGGGAAUGAUGCACGAGAGCACCGUCACGCCGGGGCGAGGGAGGAAGAAGCGAGGGGGCCGCUGCUCCGUCGCUUUUCCGGAGAUCGGAUGAAAUCGGCGUCGGGAGGAAUCACGAGCGUUACUCCGAUAUGCCGUUUGCGAGAACACACACCAGGCAUCACGAGCGCGCGGCUGCGAGACACACGAUAAACAUGUAUAACGAUAUAUUUCCCGUAACCAAAGCAUACACGCGAUACGACGAUACAGCCGUACGGCGACGCGGCGGCCGCGAGGAUACCGGAGACGUUCGUCGUCGAUUUUUCCUCGGUCUUACUCCUAUUUCCGACCCGUUCUCCGUCGCGAUGACGAGAAACCCGCGUUACCCGCGUCCGUUCGCGACGCGAGACGAACGUUUUCCGUGAUCGAGGCUAGAGAGCCCGACGACGCGUACUCGUCAUCGUCGUCGUCGCCGCGGUCCUCCGUCUCUUGUUUUCAUUUCGAGAAUUCUGCCCGUGUCGCGAAACGCGAGCGCGAGCGCGAACACGAACGCCAACGCUUCUUUCGUCCGUUUUCUUUUCUCUUUUCCUCCUCUUCUUCUACCUCUUCUACUUCUUCCCUCUGACACUCAUUUUCUCUCUGUUUCUCUUCCCCUUUCUCCGUCACUCCGUUACUCUGUUCCCGUGUUCGCGUCUCCAUCACCGUUUCCGUUUCGGUGAGAAGCGGGAAGCGCGAGAAAAAGCAUUACUGCCAUCGAAUCGAGAAAGCCUCCGAUCCCGCGCCCCUCGGCGCGCGUUCCCCCGCGACGCGUAUUCCUACGACGCGUCCGUCGCGCGGCGGUCGGCUCGCGAUCUCGUCGAAAACGCCGGGCCGAACUCGAAGCGUCUUUUGCGUCCUUGCGCGGCAAUAUCUAUUUUUCGUAUCGUCCUUAGAAUUCGGGAACAAAUCCGCGAUUAAGAGAAAACGAAAAAAAACUGGCGAUAGGCGGCGACGAGAUCGCGGCCGGUCGCCGCGCGCGAGAUCCUUCUCCCCUCGGCGAGGCUCGUUUGCGAUCGCGUCUCGAGACGACUCUAUACCUCGGACGAGCGGAAACGCGUCCUCGGUCCCCCGAGAGAGGAACGAGGCGCGCGACCACGACGCGCGAUCCCGCUUGGGGCUUUUCGUCUUUGCCGAUCGAGCGACGAGUUUUCUACGUAUAUCCCGAAAGCGUCCGACAUACAGGGUGUGGCGAGAACAGAAGAGCCCGAGAGCCAGUCCCCGUUUCAAUGUCCGUUGCCCCGCGUCCGAAUUUCGAUUUGUCGUGAUCGCGCGUUCAAUGUUCGUCGAACGAUGUACAAUCGUGUAUUUUUAUAAUGCAACCCUUGAAACGCGCGUGCUUUUUGUCUCAUCGUUUUCGCGCGCUCGUACGCCACCGAUAUUUUGUAUCGCUAACUUUGUAAGAUGGUACCGCGUUCUAAUCCAAAUUGCAACCAUUUCCAGGGGGUGGUACACGGAGGGAAAAUUCGAGGAACGGCCUGGGAAGGGGUGGGGUUUGGGGGUUUCGGGGAGAAAGGCCGUGAGACGAGUAGAGGCGAGAGGAAGGGAACCGAGGACGAUAAGGCAGGGGUGUGCCAGCUCCACCGACGAACGCGUCGGAUGGGAGCGGGCGAGAGUCAGUCGUUGAGUGGACGCGCGAGGAGUCGAGCGAUUCGGUUCGUUUCUUCGGAGGACGUACGACGCGGGACGCGCUCGUCGAUCGCGUCUUGUCCAGUUGUUCCGAGCGGCCGCUCUUUGCGCGGUCGCGCGAAACGUUGUUCCGUUUGUUUGCUUCGUUCUGUUCCUCCCCAUUGGUUUCCUUUGAAUUUCACUGUCGGCGAACAAACGACAAUAAUCGGCGAACCCGAGGCACCCGACGAUCUCGUCCGCGUGCGUGCGCGGAGGCGCGAACCCGAUUCGCCUCGACGUCCUUCGUUUCCGUUGCGUCGCGCGAACAAGGAUCUCUCGUUGGAAGUCAGCUCUCGCGAGACCGUUUUUCGCUCGACGUCGCUCCGCUCUUCGAUGUUUAUCUUAAGUUUAGAACAAGUAUCGCGACCGUUGUAUAUUUCCGAAGGAUCGUGCGAUGCGCCUCUGAAACGUCGACCGACGGCUCGCAGGCUGGGACCGCACAGAUGCAGGGACAAAGGGGACCGUCCGUUCGCGAUGCUCGCGUUCGAGAACGAGACGAUAGGUAUCAGCGGAUCUCUCGCGUUUACGGUAUCCCAUGGAUAUGGAGGUCCCGUCGCUAUGCGUUGGGAGUCUCCUUUGCACGGGGUCAGAUGGAAGGAGCGAACGAUUCCGUUUGUUCCUGGAGCGGUUUUAGCCGAUAAGCGGUCGGACAACUGGUCAAAGGCGUACGUUACACCUCAGCGUUAAGCUCGAACUAGCGGAAUGCGCGUUAUUCCAAAGCGACACGUUUGUGGCAAUAUCUGUACAGUAGCCGGCUAGACAAAUGGGACUGAAAAUAUGAUCGUUUCAACGGCGACAGUAAUUGACAAUGACGACCACGACUAAACCACGACCACGACCAUGCUAACGCUAACGAUAACGAUGACGGCAGCGACGAGGGUAAAGACGAGUGCGACACUAUUGGUGAUUACUAUUUUAUUAUUAUUAUUAUUAUUAUUAUUAUUAUUAUUCUAAUUAUAAUUAUAAUUAUUAUAAUAAUAAUUAUUAUUAUUAUUACUUUUAUUAUUGCGUCUAUUAUUAGUACUAUUACUAAUAUUAUUAUUAUGUACAUUUUAUUUCUAUUAUUAUUAUUAUUGUUAUUAUUAUUAUUAUUAUUAUUAUUAUUAUCAUUAUAUUGUACGAAUUAUUGUAUUUAUUACGAUUUAUUACGAAUCCAAUUAUCGACGAUCGCGAGGGGACAGUGAAAGAAGUGUAAUGUGAACGUUGAACUUUUAUUUUCCACGACGAUAGUUAUGUGAAUAUAUUGCUACAGUCCGAUCCAAAUAAUCAAGCUUUUGUAACACUAAUUGUAAUAAAGCAACGGUGAUACUGCUAA